AUGGAGCAGCAGUCGAAUAGGGCCCAUCGGCCCGCCAAGGAGAAGAAGAAGUACGAUGGACCCAACCAGAAGGCCUUUGCCUAUGCCAAUCCCGGGAAACUCAAUAAACAGGCAGCGCGGUCGCACGAUGUCAAGGAAAAAAGGUUGCAUGUGCCUCAGGUGGAUCGCAUGCCCGAGGAGGCCCCUCCAGUAGUGGUUGCGGUCGUUGGUCCUUCGGGGGUCGGCAAGACUACUCUCAUCAAAUCCUUGAUCCGCCGCUACACCAAACAGACCCUGAGCUCGCCCCAAGGGCCAUUGACGGUUGUAACGUCGAAACGGAAGCGUCUUACCUUUCUCGAAUGUCCCUCCGACUCCCUCGCAGCGAUGAUCGACGUGGCCAAAAUCGCAGAUAUCGUGCUUCUUAUGAUCGAUGGCAACUAUGGCUUUGAGAUGGAGACCAUGGAGUUCUUGAACGCCUUGUCGACUAGCGGUAUGCCGGGCAAUGUAUUCGGCAUCCUGACCCAUCUGGAUCUGUUCAAGAAGCAAAGCACCUUGCGAAUGGCCAAGAAGCGCUUGAAGAACCGUUUUUGGAGCGAGCUCUAUCAGGGCGCCAAGCUCUUUUAUCUUUCUGGUGUCAUCAAUGGCCGCUACCCUGACCGUGAGGUCCACAAUCUUUCUCGAUUUCUGUCGAUCAUGAAGAACCCACGCCCGCUUGUAUGGCGCAACUCGCACCCGUACGCUUUGGCUGAUCGCUUUCUCGACAUCACGCCCCCGACACAGGUUGAGGAGAACCCCAAGUGCGAUCGUACCGUGGCGCUCUAUGGCUAUCUGCGGGGUACGAAUUUCCCAGCCCAGGGCGCUCGGGUACAUGUCCCGGGUGUGGGCGACCUGACGGUUUCCGGUAUCGAGGGUCUUCCCGACCCUUGCCCGACUCCCUACAUGGAUCAGCAGAUCGCGAAGGCCAGCGGGAAAGGCGCAAGGCGAAAACUGGGCGAGAAGCAAAAGCUUCUCUUUGCUCCCAUGUCUGAUGUUGGCGGUGUGUUGGUAGACAAGGACGCUGUGUAUAUUGACGUCAAGACCUCUACAUUCGACCGAGACGAGGAUGAUGAGGAUGACGAGGAUAACCGUGGACUUGGCGAGCAACUCGUGGUUAGCCUUCAGGGCGAACGGCGAUUGCUCGGUGAAGCUGACCAGGGCAUGCGGCUGUUCAGUGGUGGCGAGGCCAUUGCCCAACCCGAUGAGAAUGAAGAAACUGGCCGAAAGCACAGACGGCACGCGCGAGUAGCCGACACCGAACGCGAUGGCCAGGAUCUCGACAAUGAUGACGAAGGCUUUGAAAGUGGCGAAGACGACGAGGAAAUCGCCAGCGAUGAGGACGAGGAAGAUGACGCAAGCGACGGUGAAGAAGCUGAUUUGUCGGCUCCGGCGGACUUUGAAACUAGUUUCAAGGAAAGGCAGAACGGCGAUUCUCGUCGAGAAGAGGGAGUUGUCGCGUUUGCAGACAGCGACUCUGACCUUGGCUCUAUCUCGUCCGCUGAAGGCCAGGAGCUGGACAGAGACGGCGAAGACGACGACGAGGAGGAAGAUGCGGAGGGGAAUGUUCGAUGGAAGGAUAACAUGCUGGCCAACGCCAAGGCUCUUCAUGGAAAGCGCCCACCCUUCCGAGUCAAUGAUUUGUCGCGUAUGAUGUACGACGAGUCUAUCAGCCCCGUGGACGUCGUACAAACGUGGCGCGGUGCUGAUCAGGAUGAGGAUGAAGAGGACGAAGAAGACGAGGCAGAAGAUGAAGGCGACGAGUUUUUCAAAAAGACCAAUAACGAGAAAGAAGACGAAGCCGACUUCCGUGCUGUUCCGGACUACGACUACGAAGAGCUCGAGCGCAAAUGGCGGGACGAGGAAUUGCUUGAGUCUUUGAAGCGCCGCUUCAUUACUGGCAAGUUGUCUGGUGAUGGCUCGGACGAUGAUGAAGAUGACGAUUUGGACGAUGCCUUCGACGACGAUGACGACGAGGGCGAUGGUGAAUUCGAGGAUCUGGAGACGGGCGAAGUCUUCAACGGCAUCGACGACGACGAAAACGAAGACGACGAGGACGAGGAAGACGAAGAGCAGCCCACAGAACCCCUCGAUCUGGAAGCCGAGCGUGAGCGAAACGCCAAAAAGAAAGAGGAGCUACGGCUUCGGUUUGAGGAAGAAGACCGCGAGGGUUUCGCCAACGCCAAGGACGGAAAGCGUGACGGAGGAGACGAGCAAUUCGGGGAGGACGAUUGGUACGAUCUGCAAAAGGCCAAGAUGCAAAAGCAGCUGGACAUCAAUCGUGCCGAAUUCGACGAGCUCGACUCAGCUUCGCGCGCCCGCGCUGAAGGCUACAAGGCGGGUACAUAUGCACGAAUCGUGCUGGAAAACGUGCCAUAUGAAUUCGCCUCCAAGUUCAACCCUCGCUUCCCCGUCAUCGUCGGAGGUCUGGCCCCAACCGAAGAUCGGUUUGGUUAUGUGCAGAUUCGGAUCAAGCGACACCGCUGGCACAAGAAGAUCCUCAAGAGCAAUGAUCCAUUGAUCUUCUCGCUAGGCUGGCGUCGAUUCCAGUCUCUGCCCAUCUACAGCACGUCGGACAGUCGGACGCGAAACCGCAUGCUCAAAUACACACCUGAACACAUGCACUGCUUCGGCACGUUCUACGGGCCACUGGUGGCUCCCAACACCGGUUUCUGCUGCGUUCAGUCGUUCUCGAACCAGAAUCCAGGCUUCCGUAUUGCUGCCACCGGUGUAGUUCUGAGCGUGGAUGAGCACACGGAAAUUGUCAAGAAGCUCAAGCUUACUGGCCACCCCUACAAGAUCUUCAAGAACACUGCCUUCAUCAAGGACAUGUUUAAUUCGGCGCUAGAAAUCGCCAAGUUCGAAGGCGCGUCGAUUCGGACAGUCUCGGGUGUCCGCGGUCAGAUCAAGCGAGCUCUGAGCAAGCCGGACGGCUACUUCCGAGCCACAUUUGAAGACAAGAUCCUGAUGAGUGACAUUGUCUUCCUGCGUGCAUGGUACCCCAUCAAGCCCCACCGCUUCUACAACGCCGUGACAAAUCUGCUCGACCAAGAGGAAGGGGGCAAGGGAGACAGUGGAUGGAAGGGAAUGCGGUUGACAGGCGAAGUGCGCCGCGACCAGGGCAUCCCGACGCCGCAGAACAAGGACUCGGCCUACCGCAAGAUCGAGCGACCCACGCGCAACUUCAACCCCCUACGCGUGCCGCGCCAGCUGGCAGCCGACCUGCCGUUCAAGUCUCAGAUCACCAAGAUGAAGUCGCGCAAGGAUCAGACCUACAUGCAGAAGCGGGCUGUUGUCCUGGGCGGCGAGGAGAGGAAGGCUCGCGACCUCAUGCAGAAGCUCACUACGAUGCGCAACGACAAGCAAGCCAAGCGAUCCGCCAAGCAGGAGGAGCGCCGCCAGGUCUACCGCGCCAAGGUGGCCGACAGCCUGGAAAAGAAGGCCGAGCGCGAGAAGAGGGAGCGCAACGACUACUGGCGCCACGAGGGCAAGAAGCGAAAGAAUACCGACGGAGAGUCUGGCGGUGGAAAGAAACGCAAGUGA